CUUGUUGACAUCGAUCGCUCCGUUUCACCCAACCAAUUCCACAUCCCAUCAACAAUAACAUCCCAAGCACACGACCACCAUGGCCGCGUCGCCGGACGCCGUGCUACAUCUCGCAGCGCUCCACACCCUUGCACAUGCUGGGUUUGCGUCCACGUCCCGCGCUGCCUCCCUAACCCUCUCCGCCUUCCUCGCCCGUUACCUUCGACUCGUCGCCGCUGAGUGCACCGAACGCGCUGCUCUCGCAGGUCGCUCCAAAGUCGCCGCUAUCGAUGUGGUUGGUACCCUCGAGGACCUUGGGGUGGGGGGCAUUGGCGAGCUGCAGGAAUGGACAGUAAGCCUCGACAAGGAGGUAUCGUUUGUCGGCACAAAGAUGGACGAGCUGGAGAGCUAUCUACGCGACGGACUCUUAAUCAACGAGGGCAUCGAGGCGCACUUUGUGCCUGUCGAGACUGACGACGAAUCCGAUGUUGACGACGAGGAGGAUGCAUUCCAGGAGGACAAAGUAAUGGACAUUGAUGUCCAGGUCAAGACCGAGGAGCGUGAGGAGGAAGGUGCGAAUUGGGAGUUGCGCACGCGCUACCGUCCAAAUUCGCCCGACAUGUCGUGGCUCCCGCCAUUGCCAACCGACAACAUGGUUGUGGGCGCUAGUGGGCUGGGGACAGUGGCAGCACCAAUGGAUAGCGCCCCCGCGCCACAGUCUGUGGCCGACCGGUAUCGCCGCCCGAUUGCAUUCGCUUCCUCUACUCUUGCGGAAAACCACGAGUGGGUCGAUCCACCGCGCACAACGCCACAUGCAGAGCUGCCUCACGCUCCAACAUCAUUCCCCGCUCUCAUAUCCACCUACGAAGCAGUUAAAGGCGAGCCUUCACUUGCGCUGCGACAGACAGACGGGCGCCGGCAGGCAGCCGAUCUCUUGCGUCUACUUGUCGGCAACCCCGAAGUGUUCACGCCCAAAGACACGCUUUCCAUCCCUCUCCCUCCCCCUCACAUAUCACCUAUCGUGCCCUCACACUCGGAGAGCCUUCCGCCGAAACUCUUACCCGUUAAUCCACACCAGAACGGUAUCAUCUCGUCGCUCAUUCAACAAAUUCGCUCACCUUACCUUCCUCCAUCAUUACGCGAACGACUCACAGCCUUGCGGCCGCCCCAGGCCCAACAGAACGACUCCGGCCCAAUUCUGUUCGGCCCGGCCGUGCGCGGUGCGGACGAGAGCGCUCUCGCCAAGGCGCGCGGAAAGGCGACGGGCGAAGAGCCAGAGCUCUAUUUCCGCGCGACGUGGGACUCUGGUCCGCGCGGCACGGAGCGCUGGAGCAAGGGAAGCCUACCUUCGGGCAAGAAGGUUGUCCGACACGUCGAGGGCGAGAAGUUCCCGCGCGAGUCGGCGGGUGCCAAAGCGCUUCGCAUCAAGAUUAACGAAAAGGCUCCCGGAAUUGUCGAUGCCCGUGAGUCGUCGCCCGGCGCAGCGAGUUCGCCCAAGGUGAUGCUCCGCCUCGGUGCGCCCAAGCCGCCAGACCGCGGCCCAUCACGCCUCUCGCCCCGCCCAAGUUUGGACGCUGGACCUAGCUCUUCCUCGGGGCCGAUUGUCCCAUCCGCUGCGGCGUUCUUCCGUCCUCCGAGCGAUCCGGCACGUGACAGGACCAAGUCCAAGUCGCGUAGCGCGUCGCCUUCCAAACGUUUGAAUCCGCCAGUAAAGCAGGAACCGAUGAUGGUCGACUGAGUGUUUGUCUGUAGCAGCAUAUAGUCCGCAUAGCAACGUGCAUAUGUAUUUGUAUUCAUCCA